AUGAAUAUAAGCCAGGGCAAGGAUCCAGCACCAUUAUCACCGGCCCUAGCAAAUCAGCCCAUUCUGCCCAAUCCAGGGCAACUCAUCAUGCUACAUCACUCGACAGCAACCUUCUUCUUCUUGCUGUUACCCUCAUAUUCUGGGGUCUAUCUCAAGAAGGAUCCGCCAAGUAGCAUGUACCUACGUGCGCGGGGCAUCAAUAUCAUAGACCCCAACAUUCUCACCCCUUGCGUGCAUUGCGCUGGCGGUACUCUAGCUCCACACUACCGGCAGCCAGCGGUAGUAGCUCAAAGGGACACGGGGUCGUCUGUCGGCAGGCAUGCCAAGACUGGUGUAGAGUACCUCGAAUCGACGCGAUGGGUAUAG